AUGGCCUUGCUGCGUCAAAUCAAGCUUCUUUUGACCUUUGGGUCGCUGGCCCUGGCUUCGGCUGUAACACGGACAUCCGGAAACGAUGACGACGAUGACGACGACGACACGCCUCUGCCGCUCGUCAUCUGGCAUGGUCUUGGCGACAACUAUGCGGCCGAAGGCCUCCGAAAGGUGGGCGAGCUGGCUGACGAGAUCAACCCGGGCACGCUCGUCUACUUUGUGCAGCUGGACGCCAGCGCGAGUGGCGACCGGUCGGCGACCUUUCUCGGCAACGUGACGGAGCAGGUGGCCAAAGUCUGCGACGACAUUGCAGCAGAUCCGAUCCUGUCGACGGCACCGGCUAUUGAUGCGCUCGGCUUCAGCCAGGGCGGCCAGUUUCUGCGAGCUUACGUCGAGCGGUGCAAUCGGCCACCGGUGCGGUCUCUCGUGACCUUUGGCUCGCAGCACAACGGCAUCACCGAGUUUGUCGACUGCGGCGCCACCGACUUUGUCUGUCGAGGUGCUAUGGCUCUGCUGCGCGGUAACACUUGGUCUGGCUUCGUGCAGAGCCGCCUGGUGCCGGCGCAGUACUUCCGCGACCCGUCCACCCCCGAGCGCUACGUCCAGUACCUCGAGCACUCCAACCUGCUCGCUGACAUCAACAACGAACGCGAUGUCAAGAACACUACCUAUCGCGACAACAUGGCCCAACUGGCCAGCUUCGCCAUGUACAUGUUCGCCGAGGAUGCCACCGUCAUCCCCAAGGAGUCUGCUUGGUUUGCCGAGAUCAACGGGACCGAGAACGUGCCUCUGCGCGCCCGCCCGCUCUACACGGAGGAUUGGCUCGGCCUGCGCGCCCUCGACGACCAGGGCCGCCUGCACUUCCGCACCGUUCCUGGUGAGCACAUGCAGAUUCGCGACAAGGACCUCGUCGCCGUCUUCUCUGACUUCUUCGGUCCCUUCAAGAAGACCAUCACGCCGUCUCAGCAGCUGCAAGAUAUGCCGGGCGAGCUGUAA